AUGUCAGUUUCUGAAUCCAUUGCGAAGACCGCUCGUGCAGCCGGCAAUAUAUUGAAAACGUUAAGUGAUGAGGAACGUUCUUCCAUUCUAUAUAAAAUUCAUGAUGGUUUAAAGGCGAAUGCGGCAUCUAUUGAGGCUGCUAAUAAACUAGAUUUGGAACAGGCUAAAAGCACUAAUCUUUCGGACUCUCUUGUGAAAAGAUUGGAUUUGUUCAAAGGAGAUAAAUUUGAAACUAUGCUACAAGGUAUUGUUGAUGUUGCCAAUUUGCAGGAUCCUGUUGGGAAAGUGAACUUCGCUAGGGAAAUUGAUGAGAAUUUGACUUUAUACCAAAUUACUGCCCCAGUUGGUGUAUUAUUGGUUAUUUUCGAAUCGAGACCAGAAGUCAUUGCCAAUAUUACAGCUUUAUCCAUCAAAUCAGGUAAUGCAGCAAUUUUGAAAGGUGGUAAGGAAUCCUUGAACACGUUCAAAGAAAUGUCCCGUAUCGUGAAUGACGUCGUCGAGCAAAACGAAAAGACGACCCAUGUUCCAGUUGGUGCCGUUCAGUUGAUCGAAACCAGAGAAGAUGUCUCUGACCUCUUGCAACAGGAUGAAUAUAUUGAUUUGGUUAUCCCUCGUGGUUCAAAUGCCUUAGUUAGACAGAUCAAAUCGUCCACCAAGAUUCCAGUGUUAGGUCAUGCAGACGGUAUUUGUUCAAUCUACGUGGACGAAUCUGCCGAUAUUGGAAAGGCUAAAAGAAUUCUUGUUGAUGCCAAAACUAACUAUCCAGCUGGUUGUAACGCUGUAGAAACUCUACUAAUCAAUCCUAAAUUACAGCACUGGUGGGAGGUGCUAAAUUCUUUAAUUGAAAAUGGUGUAACUUUGCAUGUUUCAAAAGAAGUAAAGAAGCAAUAUAAGGAGCACAACAGUACAUCAGAUCAUAUUGUGGAUUUAGACGAGUCCAAAGACUUCGACAAGGAAUUCUUGUCGUUGGAUAUUGCAGUUGCAUUCGUUGAAUCUACAGAAGCAGCUGUUUUGCACAUCAAUACACACUCUUCCAAGCAUACUGAUGCUAUUGUGACUGAAAACUCUGAAAAUGCUGAAUAUUUCUUGAAAGCUGUUGAUUCAUCGAGCGUAUACUGGAAUGCAUCCACCAGAUUUGCAGACGGGUUUAGAUACGGAUUUGGAACCGAAGUUGGUAUUUCUACUUCGAAGAUCCAUGCCCGAGGCCCUGUGGGACUCGAUGGCCUUGUGACUUAUCAGUAUCAACUAAGAGGUAAUGGACAAAUUGCCAGUGAUUAUCUAGGGGCCGGAGGUAAGAAAGCCUUCGUUCACAAAGACCUUGAUGUAAAGAGCAUUUCUAUCUGA